AUGGGCAACCCAUUCUCGCUCUUCCACGCGACGAUCCAGUCUAGCAAACGCGGCAAUACUGCCAAAGCCCGCCUACCCACACGCGCGCACCGACACGCCUGGGACGACUGGGAUAGCGACAACGAUGACGCGGAUAGAGCGGGUCUCGCGAGCUGGAUGGGCCGGCGCAAAACCAAGGGUCGAGGUAGUGGGCCCAGGGAAGGCAAAGGUAGCAUGGACAGCACUGAGAGCGACAACGACGCCACGAGGCCCAGUCUGUGUCUGCGAGAGACACCCAAGAAGGCAAAGAAGAGCAUGAACAUCAGUAAAGAAGAUCAAGGUUUAGAACGCGCUAGGAUUGAAGCUGCGGAGAAUGCGAGGGCAAGGCGGCGAGACGCGGAACAGAAGCUUGCGAAGAAGAAACCGAGUGGGUUCAUCAGAGCGAUUACCUGUGGGAAGAGCGAUACUGAUGGUUAA